UCUCCUUUUUGUUCCAAGAAAAGAAAAAGAACAAACACACACUUGCUCUUAACUUCUUGUGCAUUUCCUCACUGUUUUCGUUGCUCCAUUGUCAUCAUCAUCAAAGGAAUGGCACCCUUUUUAAAGAGAAAGAAGACUGGUUCUGGUGAGGGAUCUUCCUCACAAUCUGGCAGGUUUGAUCGGACGAAGUUUCAAGGUCCGGAGCAAGAGGCGAGGUACCAUGAGCUCGAAAGCCGAGUUGUGUGGAGUGAACGCACUGUGGUUCCAAUUGACCACGGCCACUUCCAAAGGGCGUGGACUGCUUUGUCUGAAACAUGCUGGGACAAGUUGUUCACUCCACCAAAAUUCUAUCAGGUGGAGAUUGUCAGAGAAUUCUAUGCAAAUGCCUUGCCUCCGAGCGGUUGGUUAGGUACUGAAGCUUACCUGUUUAGAACGUGGGUGAGAGGUAAGACCAUUGACUUUAGCAAAGAAGCAAUUUUUGAUUUUCUGGAUAACCCUCUUGCUUUGGUAGAAGAGUGUGAGUACCAUCCCAGGUUGAAUAGAGGAAACCGGGACGUGGAGAGUAUUAGGGAGAGGAUUUGCAGGGCUGGUUUCACCUAUACUCUGACUAAAGCUGGGCUGCCAAAGACUUUUACUCGUAGUCAGUUGACGGAGGAGGCUCAGUUGGUGACUUCGGUGGUCCUUUACAACAUUAGGCCACGGAGUCACACUUCCUCCCUCACCAUUGAUACUGCAGGUUUGGUUCAGGGUAUUUUGAAUGGUGAUAACAUUGAUGUGUCUAGGAUUGUGGCGAAUGAGCUGAAAAGAGUCGCCCUGAAUGGGACUCUUCAUGGUGAUGGGGUCAAAUGUAGGUUGAUUUUUCCUGGAUUAAUUAUGGGUUUAUGCAGGAAGGCUGGUGUCCGGUUUCCAUCUGGUGGUAUGAUUCCCAUGGAUGGUGUUAUAGAUGAUAUUUUUGCUAAGAGGUACUGUUUGCCUGGAGGUCGUCCUUUUGGUGCUGCUGCUAAUACAUCUGACCUUCCCGAUGCUUCUCAAGCUGUUCCGGUUGCUGCUGCACCGCCUGCUGGUCCUCAGUAUGGUGAUGCAAGUGAUUGGAACUAUCAGAUGCAUAUGGCGCAUCAGAGAGCGUUUAUGUUUUUGCAGGAUUCUAUCCGGCAGCUUUCUCUGCAGCAGCCUGUUGGUUCCAGGGAUGAUUUAUCUGCUUAUGCUUCAUGGCCUGAGGGCAGGCCAGAUCCUGAGGAGGGGAUGGCUGAUGAUGAUGAGGAUACUUCUGAUGAGGAGUAGUUUUGCUUUGUGCUUUAUUGUUAUUUUUAUUGUUUUUAGUUUUAUGUUAGAACAAUUUUUACUUUGUUUUUAAUUUUGUUCCAUCCUGUUGGAUGAGGUACUUUG